UAUGGCACCAGAAUUAUCAUAAGAUGUGCCUUAUAAUUAGACUGUAGACAUUUUUGCUCUUGGAAUCAUUUUAUAUUAAUUAUUUCAUGAUGGUAAACAUCCAUUCUAUGUAUCUGGCAUGAGAAGUUCUGAUUAUUUUAAAAGAUUAGCAAAAUUGGAAUUUAAUUUGCAUUUUAGAGAGAAUAUUCCAUUUAUGGCUAAAGAUUUUAUAUAAAAAACAAUGGCUUUAUCACCUGAUGAUAGAAUGUCAGCAUAUUAAUGUUUGGAUCAUCCAUGGAUUAAAAAUGUUGAAUAAUAAUAAUUUCCAAUAACCACAAAUGAAAUUAUCUAAACAUUUAAUGUGAAAUAGAAAUUUAUAAAGAUCAUCAAAGCCUUAAUGGUCUAAACAAAAUUACUACAAUUAUCAAUAAAGAGGGAUCCAAAUGAAAGUGAGAGUAGAAAUUAUACUAAAUCUAAUAUGACAGAAAUUAAUUCAUAAUAAGAAUAAGAAUUUGUUCAUUUUAGAUUGCCAAUGAGUUAGAGAGACAAAAUUCCUAAAUCUAAAUCAAAAAUGCUUAAAACUGUAUAAGGUACAUUCAAUACACCAUAAAUGUCUAAAAGGCAAGUUUCUAGAUAAUGUUUAGCAUUUAGUUUUUUAAGUUCACCAAAAAUGUUAACACCCUAAACUCAUACUAAAAGAAAUAAUAAAACACCUUCCCCUCCUUUAUUAAGAUUGCCAUCCAUAAAAUCACCAAAACAAGCUCAAAUUCCUAGCAUAUCUAAUAUUAUAAAUAAAUCUAGAUUUUUUUAAUAAUGA